AAGCAAAGGUGGGUGGACCAGGACUUGAGGAGGGGAAGGGUCUGAGGUUCUGCCACAGGAAACAGACCCUGUCACUGCUGUGCCCCAUUUUUACCGCGUUUACCCCAAAGCCACCAAGCCCAUCCUAACAGCCUCUACUCUGUUCAGGGUCUCAUCUGGUUUCCUCUUAGCCCCCUUUCCAGGGGUCACUGAAGCUCAGCACCACUAAAAUCAGGAUUCACUCCCCUCGUAGGGAAACGGAGGCUCAGGGCCAGGGGAGAAAAGAAUGGAGGUCUACGAGUGGGGCCUUUCUCCUCAGCCUCCCUGGUCCCUGCUCCCUCCCUCCAUCCAACCUUCCUCCCUCCAAAGCCUCCUCUCCAGGGGAUUCUGAGCUUUUCCUUCUAUUUUUGGAUACUACCACUUUGCCCCCUCUUUCUCUUCUGCUCAAACUCUCCUCCUUCUCCCUAGUUCCCCCUCUUUCCAUUUCUGGAUACUUCUGAUGUCAGCAGUUUCCCCGCCUUCGGGUUCCCUGGCCUCCCGCUUGGUCCCUGCCUCCUUUCUCCCAUUUUCCCAGAUCCCUGGGUAGCUGGAGGGUGAUCAUCCGGGCUUCAGGAAACAUGGCUGAGCACCAACACCACUGGACCCAGGAGACUGGAAGGCAGAGGAGGGGGACUGUAAUACCACAUGCCAGUUUACUGUGAACCCUCAGGAAGAAACAAGUCAUGUGUCUCCCAUCGGUAACCCUGAAGAGAGAUUUAGGGACUUAAGAUACGGUGAAGUAGUACUGACAGGGUAUAUUAUAAGAAGGAACAUGGGAGUUCCAAGGGAAAGAGAAAGGGCUGAAAAAGGACGGGAGAUAGGGAGGUCGGAAUACCUUCUUUCCUGGAGGUCUGGAAGAGCAGGAACUCUUAUGUGUGUGGGCUGUUUGGGUGACCAUUUGAUUGAAGGCAGGGGAAUGUUCUGAAUGACCACCAUGACCCCAGUAAUCAGUCAUUUCUAUAGUUUCAAGAGAAAGGGGCACAAGAAACCAGGUGGAGACCAGCCUAGGCCCUAGCUCUGUCCUCCCCUCCCACAUCUCAUCUUUCCCUUGCAGCUUGUCCAGGUGGCUGAGCACCACUCCCAGACCUCUUGGGGCAUCCAGAAGAUCCCUGACUGGUCAAGUACCAGAGGAAAAAGAGAACUGGAAGUCCAGGCAUGGGGACCAGAGCCGUCCAGCCAGCUUCAUAGUGGGGAAAGCAGCCAUCUUGCAUCCCCCAUCAAUUAUAGGGGUACUUAAGGAUGGGCCCCAUCCAGUAUGGAGGCUGAGGACUGCCUCUGCUGACCCCACAUCUCCUCCCUGCCCUACACCCCUGACCUUAGCUGGGUCAGUCGUGCAAUGCUGAGCAGUAGGGUGGGCCUGGGUGCAGCCCACCUCACUACAGGGCAAGGAUUGUGGGCGCCAUGGGGGCGUGUGUGAGUGGGACUCCUGGGUGAGACCUAGCCCCCGCCCCCAGGAGUUUGAGGGGGGUGGGGGGUGGAGGAUAGGAUGGCUCGGGGCGGGGCAGGGGCAGAGGAGGCCUCCCUGCGCUCAAACGCAUUGUCCUGGCUGGCCUGUGGGCUCCUGGCACUGCUGGCCAAUGCCUGGAUCAUCCUCAGCAUCUCGGCCAAGCAGCAGAAGCACAAGCCGCUGGAGUUGUUGCUCUGCUUCCUGGCGGGCACGCAUAUACUCAUGGCCGCUGUGCCCCUCACCACCUUCGCUGUGGUGCAGCUGCGGCGUCAGGCUUCCUCCGACUAUGACUGGAACGAGAGCAUCUGCAAGGUCUUUGUGUCCACCUACUACACACUGGCCCUGGCCACCUGCUUCACAGUCGCCUCGCUCUCCUACCAUCGCAUGUGGAUGGUACGUUGGCCCGUCAACUACCGCCUCAGCAAUGCCAAGAAGCAGGCGCUGCACGCCGUCAUGGGCAUCUGGAUGGUCAGCUUCAUCCUCUCCACCCUGCCCUCCAUUGGCUGGCACAACAACGGCGAGCGCUACUAUGCCCGUGGCUGCCAGUUCAUAGUCUCCAAGAUUGGCCUCGGCUUCGGUGUCUGCUUCAGCCUCUUGCUACUGGGGGGCAUUGUCAUGGGGCUGGUCUGUGUGGCCAUCACCUUCUACCAGACACUGUGGGCCCGGCCUCGGAGGGCUCGGCAGGCCCGGAGAGCAGGGGGCAGUGCGGGGCCCAAGGGGAGUGGGCCCAGGGGCUUGGGUACCCGGCCAGCUUUUGAGGUGCCAGCCAUCGUGGUGGAGGAUGCCCGAGGGAAGCGGCGGUCCUCGCUGGAUGGCUCUGAGUCUGCCAAGACAUCCCUGCAGGUCACCAACUUGGUCAGCGCCAUCGUCUUUCUCUAUGACUCACUCACAGGGGUGCCCAUCUUGGUGGUGAGCUUCUUCUCCCUUAAGUCGGACUCGGCUCCCCCGUGGAUGGUGCUGGCUGUGCUGUGGUGCUCCAUGGCACAGACGCUGCUGCUGCCCUCCUUCAUCUGGUCCUGCGAGCGCUACCGCGCCGACGUGCGCACAGUGUGGGAGCAGUGCGUGGCUAUCAUGUCCGAGGAGGAUGGCGAUGACGAUGGGGGCUGUGAUGAUUAUGCUGAUGGUCGAGUGUGCAAAGUUCGCUUUGAUACUAAUGGAGCCACAGGACCUGGGGGUCGGGACCCUGCCCAGGUGAAGCUGCUGCCUGGAAGGCACAUGCUCUUUCCUCCUCUUGAGAGAGUCCACUACUUACAGGUCCCUCUGUCCCGCCGGCUGUCCCAUGAUGACACCAACAUCUUCUCUACUCCUCGGGCACCAGGCUCCUUCCUGCACAAAUGGUCCUCCUCUGAUGACAUCCGGGUCCUCCCAGCCCAGAGCAGGGCCCUUGGGGGCCCUCCUGAGUACCUGGGGCAAAGACACAGGCUGGAGGAUGAGGAGGAUGAGGAGGAGGCUGAAGGUGGGGGCCUGGCCAGCCUUCGCCAAUUCCUGGAGAGUGGGGUUCUUGGGUCAGGUGGGGAACCCCCACGGGGUCCUGGCUUCUUCCGGGAGGAGAUCACCACCUUCAUCGAUGAGACACCUCUGCCUUCUCCAACAGCCUCACCGGGGGCCUCUCCUCGCCGGCCCAGGCCACUGAGCCUCUCACCUCGCCGACUCUCCCUUGGGUCCCCUGAUAGCAGAGCCGUUGGACUUCCUUUGGGGCUAUGUGCAGGGAGACGCUGCUCCCUGACAGGAGACGAGGGGAGUGCAAGGGCUUGGGGAGGUUCCUGGGGCCCAGCCAACCCCAUCUUCCCCCAGCUGACCCUGUGAGCCAAGUGGGCCUGCUGGACUCAGAGGAGGGGCCUGGGUGAGUAACACCUCAUUCUGGCCCUGAGCCUAGGGCAGCUGCCUCCAGCCUCUGGGGAGAUGGGCACUAAAUCUGGGGCUCUGGAGCCCCUGCUCUCUCCCAUCGAAGUGACCAGAUGCCCUACUCACCUUCCAUCAUCCCUAGCAAAAUGUAUUAAAGUCUGAAGUGUUGCCAUGGAAA